AUGGCCAGUGAAAUCGACAUCUUCAACCAUUACCCGCUAUUCAUCGACCCCUCAUCCAAAGCCAUCUCCCUCCCCCAAUCCUCCGCCUACACAUCCGUCCAAAGAAGCAACAUCAACACGGAACUCCAAGAACUCAACGAUCUGCACCGUUCCCUGCUUAGCCUUGAUCCCCCAAACAUUCCCCCACCCCCACUUCCCGUCAACCCCAAGCGCAGCGCCCAAAUCACCAAACUGCGCGACAGCGGCAAUGCCGCCUACCGCAAGAACAAUCACGCCGAAGCCGUGCGCCUGUACACCUACGCCAUCGAAAUGGCCCUCGCUCGACCCGGCUGGGAACCCGUAACCCUGGCCCGCGAAGAAUUGGCCGGGCUCUUCGGGAACCGCGCGCAGGCCCUGAUGGGCCAGCAGGCGUGGCCGGAAGGAUACAUUGAUGCGAAGGCAAGUGUCGACUCGAAGCCCGUGGGGAAUGUCAAGGCUUGGUGGCGUGUUGCCAAGUGUCUUGCGGAGAUGAGUCGGUAUGCGGAGGCGAAGUCGUUCAUCCUGAAGGGGUUGGAGAUUGAGGGGAGGACUAGUGAGGGAGGAAAGGAGCUUGUUGCACUUUUGGAGGAUGUUGACGCUGCGUUGCAGCGGGCUUAA